UGUUUUGUUUACAAAAUAAUUUCCUGAUUGAUGAGUUUUUAUAAAAAAGAAACAAUAAAAAAAUAUGGGACAAAUAAAACGACAUAAAAAGCAAUAUAAAAAAUCAAAGCCCAUACAAAAGAAAACUCAUACAAAUAGCAAAUUUAAACAUCGAGGUAGCACUACGGUUGAGCAGUUAAAAAAACAGAUUGAAUUGGACAAGGCCCAUUUGCAAUCCAAACAGGAAUAUGAAAAUGAAAUGUUGGGAGCUGUGUCCUCCUCCGAAGAGGAGGAAGAAGUUAAUCACUUUAAUGAUUUAGUGCAGAAUUUGAGUGCAAGUGUUAAAAAGAAGCCAGCUUUCAAAGAGAAACCUUUGCAACUUUUGGGAGCUAAAAAGAAAUCGGAGACACAUAAAGUCGAGGGAAAAGCUAAGAAGCUUAAAAUAUAUUACGUUCAACCUAAAAUACAACAAUUCAAGAGCCAUCUUAAUACUGAACUAUCCUCCGAGGAUGUGGAGCUACUUAUCAAUGGUACUACAGAAAAGCAAAAAUCUUCUAUAGAAUGGCCAGAGAUGGGCCAAGGUUUCAUUACCACACCCGAAAUUACUGCAAAUACGGACAAAUCGCUUAUAAAUGAACAGCCUCCGCCUUCAUUCGAAUCGUCCUCAGAUUUGGAGUCUGUAGGUUUGCAACCUUUCUUGGCUAAUCGUAUACCAUUGCCUUUAAAUCACUUGCAAAGUGAACUACUGACAUUGAUUAGUACAUAUAAAGAUGUCUAUUAUCCCUAUCGAAACUUCGAUAAUGCUGAGCAAAUUCGCCAGGUCUAUACCAUACACGCACUGAAUCAUAUAUUCAAGACACGAGCCUGUGUUAUGCUGAAUAGUAAGAAAAUCGAAGAGGAGGAGGUAAAAAACAAAGGCCUGGUUAUUGAUGAUAUGUAUCGGGAUCAAGGAUUGGCAAGGCCCAAGGUUUUAAUAGUUACACCUUUUCGUGAUUCGGCAUAUCGCAUUGUUAACAUUAUGGCGGAAAUUAUAAAGAAGAAGGAAAAGGAUAAUGAUCAAAAAUCUAUAAUGAACAUGGAAAGAUUCAUAAAUGAAUUUACGGGCAACACCAUCUAUUUUCCAAAAACCAAUCCAAAGCCGGAUGACUAUGAGAAAACCUUCAGUGGCAAUACAGAUGAUAAUUUCCGUAUUGGCAUUUCGCUUACAAAGAAAACUCUUAAACUCUAUACAGAUUUCUAUGCAUCGGACAUUCUAAUUGGUUCACCUUUGGGUUUACGCCUUUCAAUGGGUGGCACCAGUGACCAUGAUGUGGAAGCUGAUUUUCUUUCAUCGAUUGAAGUACUGAUAUUGGAUCAAGCCGAAUUGUUUUUGGCUCAAAACUGGGAGAAUUUGCUUCAUGUUAUAGACCAUAUGCAUUUACAACCCAAGACGAUGAGGGCCACCGAUAUCAAUCGUGUACGUUCAUGGUGUCUAAAUGGUUUCUCCAAAUUCUAUAGGCAAACUUUGCUAUUUACCAGUCAUGAGCUGCCCGAAUUUCGAGGAGUAUUCAAUAACAAAUGUUUCAACUAUGAGGGCAGUGUGCGUUUCUCCAAUCCCAUUGUAAGCGGAGAUAUACGAAAUGUUAUUGUGCCUCUAUCGCAGGUCUUCCAUCGCAUUGAAUGUUCGGAUAUUGAACAAGUCUUUGAUAUUCGUUUCAAAUAUUUUGUGGAGAAAAUUUUACCACAAUUUAGAAGCACCAUAUUUGCUCAUUGCAUGAUUUAUGUGCCCAACUAUUUCGAUUUCAUACAGCUGCGUAACUACUUUAAAGCGGAAAGUGUUAAUUUUGUACAAAUCUGUGAAUACACCAAGAAGGAGAAAGUGGCUAGGGCUCGUGAUAUGUUCUUCCACAGUGGAGCCCACUUUCUGCUAUACUCGGAGAGAUCGCAUUUCUUUAAGCGCACUCGCAUCAAGGGAAUACGCCACAUCAUAAUGUAUCAACCACCACAAUGGCCCAAUUUUUAUUCGGAAAUGAUAAAUCUAAUGCACACAUCCAAUCAGAAUAGUCGGGAUGGUUUGGAGAGUUCCAUGAGCAUAACUGUUUUAUAUACAAAAUACGAUUGCUUACAGUUGAAUGGCAUAUUGGGAAGUGAGAAUGCUACAAAUCUCUUGGAGUCGGAAAAAACGAUACAUGUGUAUGCAGCCCAAUGAUGUUGAUAUGAGUAAAUUUAUUAUUUCAGUUAGGAAAAAUAAAAUUCUGAUUUCCCGUCAUAUCCAGCAAUGAAGUCGGAGAUUAGAUAUUCGAUGAUUUCGAACUAAAAAAAAAUUUUAAAAAUUUAUUUCAACAUAGUUUUAAGUAAAUUAAAAUAUAAUCUAGGAAUCUGGUUUGUACCAAAAACCAAAUUUAUAUGAUAUAUUGGUGCUGAUUGAACCAUCAUUGGAAACCCGACAAAAAUCAAUUUUUUUGGUUAAAUAUUUAAGGUUAUUUUCAAAGUCGAAAACGCAGAACCUCUUUAAUUUUUUCGAAAUUCGAAAAUCCAAAACCAUUUCGCGAUUCGAAAUUCGAAGAGGAAUCAUAAAAUAAACAGCAAUGGUGCUAAAUGAAGCAA